AUGGAUAGGAUCAGUCUAUUGUCAGAUGAUUUGCUCUUGAAGAUAUUGUCAUUCGCUCCAACGAAAGUUUCUGUAACCACAAGCCUAUUGUCAAAACGUUGGAGAGAUCUUUGGAAACAUGUGCCAAAGCUUGAUUAUUUUCCAGACAAUGACACUGAGCAUUUGAGAGCUUCCAGUUUUGUUCACAAUUUCUUGCUUCUACACAAGGCUCCUGUCCUAGAAACUCUACAUCUCUGGCUUAGAAAUUGUCGUCCUACAGAUAUUGAAACAUGGAUUCGAGUUGCAAUUGGUCGUGGUGUGCGCCAUAUUAAGUUUAACCAGUCCUCGACCAGUUUAGGGCCCAUACGGUGGCCUAGGAGUCUGUAUACAUGUAAAACCCUUGUGACUUUAACCCUAAUUUACACGAGCAAUGUGGAUGUUCCUUUAGCAAUGUGUUUCCGGUCACUUAAGACUUUUUACCUUACACUUAUUGAGUGGAUUGGUUACAAAGGAACGGAAGCAGAGAAAAACUUGGUUAUGUAUUUGUUGGAGAACUGUGGACAGCUAAAGACAAUGGCUAUUAGACCCUUAAACUCAAUCAAUUUAGAAGAGAGACACAAGAUGCUGCAAGAAAUAUCGUUUACGCGGAGGAGUUCUAGCAAAUGUCAAGUUUCAUUCACCUGA